GUUUCACCUCCACAAUAUGGCAGCCAAAAGUAGAGAACGAAUGGUUGGCGUGGAUAGAAUUUUGAGUAAAUUACAGUCUAAUAUUGAAGCAGGUAAUUAUUACGAAGCCCAUCAAAUGUACAGAACUAUAUAUUUUAGGUAUCUAUCACAGAAGAAGUACAAGGAGCUGUUAGACCUGCUGUACGAAGGGUCGAGUACCCUUCUGAAGCUCUGUCAGCAUAAUAGUGGAGCAGACUUAGCAAAUUUAUUGGUGGAUGUUUUAACCAAAGCAGGUUCACUUGUUACUUCAGAAGAUCUUGGUAAGUCACUGAUGUUG